CCGGAUUCAAAGGAAAGCUGCUUGAGAAGUAUCAGUUGGGCGACCAACUGUUGGACCUAGCAGAUUUGAGGAAAGUUAGUCGAAGCAACUUUGAUACGACAAAGCAGUUUCUCACUCAAUUCGAGCGAGUGGCGCGUCUGGUUCCUGACCUCCCAGACAAGAAUCGUUGUCCCAUCUUCCGGAAUAAUUUCACGGAAGUGGAGCAGUUAAAAUUGGUGAAGGGCAUGAAGGAACGACAUGAUUGGCCAAAAAAUCGAGAGAAUUUAUUGACCGUGGAUUUCGACCAGAUCCUCUAUCGGUUGCUGAAACAACAGAAGGAGGAUCGGGAGAGGGUACAGUUGGGAUCGAAUAAGGACAAGGAGGUCUAUAAGACCAUAUCCGACAUGAAGGAAAUGAUGACCAGCUUGAAGGAGGAGCCGUUAAAGCUCCAAGUGAUGAUGGCUAAGACAAAGACUGGAAAGAGAAAAGGGAAGGAGCCAGUCACUCAAGCUAGUAGCAGUGAAAGUGACAGCGAGGAGGAAAAGGAACCUUCUCGGAAGUUGACUAAGGCUGAAAGGAAAGCUUUGAACCAGAUACGAGGAGGGCAAGGUACUUCUCGUAAACGAGGGGAAAGUAGUAAGGAUGGAGGAAAUGGAAGCGGGAGCAACAAACUGACCAAGGGCAACAAAGCCAAGGUCAGCAUGCUCAACCACAGGGUGGUCGAGACCGUGGUAGAGAGCGCGGAAACGGUGGCGGACAUGGGAACUGGCAGAAUUACGUCUGCAAAUAUUGAUGGGUUAGCACCUGCGGCCGCUUCGGCGCCUGAAGCAACGCCGAUGGCUUGGCCAAUGACGAUGUCCAGACUUGUGUUUAAGCGAGGGAUGCCUACCAUUAUGGUGCAAACGCGGAAGGGAAGGAAGACCUCACAAUCGCAGCCUGCGCCAGGAGAAAGUUCAAAGAGACCUCAGGAAAAGGAACCUAUUCAGAUAGAGGAAGGGGAUGAUGAGGAGGAGGAUGAAAGAUUGCGUGCAGAGGAUGAACUGCUAGCAAAGCAGAGGGCUAUGGAGAGAGAUUCAGAAGCAGGGAAGGCCAAGGUCGAGGAAGAGGAACCUCGCAAGAAGAAGAAUGUGUACACGAUGCCUGUUGAAAAUAGAAUUGAUUUUGAACAGUUUGUGGAUCGCAUUCUGGAAAGUCAGCGCGACUUGGUUACCCUGAAGGAGAUUAUUGUUGUAUCGCCGAAGCUUCGCGAGGAAUUUAAGCAUCGCAUGACUCGGAAGAAAGUCAUGAGAGUUAAGCUGAGUGAGAUUAUCCCUCCAGAAGCUAACCGGGCGCCUCCUGGCACAAAGAUGGACUGACAAUGUGUGGCCACUGGUCUCAUAAAAGU